AUGGAAUGCUGCCGUUCAAGCAGUAUACGAGAAGUGCAUGAAGAUAAAGAUGGUGUUGGUGAUGAUGAAGAUGAAGAUGAAGAUGAUGACGGCGACAACACUGGCGGUGAUGAUGGCGGGGGAAAUGCUGAUAUUGCAUUUUUGCCAGAAAAAGAGGUUGCAAUUAAAUACGAUCAAGAGGUUCUGUUACUGCUGACGGUUGUGGUUAUUGGAAUGAACAAAGGAAAGGAGAAGAAGGAAAAGAUGAAGAUGGAGCAAGACGGGAAGGAGCAGAAUUAG